GGACUUUCAAUCUGUCUUUGCUGAAACAGCUUCUUUCCAACAAUUUUCUUCACAAACCAAUGGGCAAAACUCAUAGAAGAAAAAUCACCUCAUCUACUCUCUAACAAAUCUACUACUUGAUUUCCCAUCACCAUGACAACAUCAGUAUUAAAACACUCCAUACAGAAUGACAUCAAUGUUCAAAGGAAAUAUUAUCUAUGAUUGAAGAUCUAGAAAAUUAAAAAGGAAGACUUCAGCAGUGAAAAUGAGGGGCAGAAAACCAUGAGGUUGAGUAUCACUCGGUGGAAAUUUAGUUCCGUCUUUCAAUUUUGAAAUUCAUAGGGGAUAUAGACCAGAAAACGCCAACUUUUCAGACAAAUUUUCCCUCCACCAGAAUCACUCCGGUAGAGACACAGAGAACACACUACUUGUAUUCCCACGAUGAGUGAGCCGGAGGUCACUUACUCAACUGUGAGACUUCAUAAGUCUUCAGGGUUACAGAGACUAGUACUGCAUGAGGAGACUCAAGGGCCCAGAGAAGCUGGCUACAGAAAGUGUUCAGUAUCCUGGCAACUCAUAGUGAAAGCUCUUGGAAUCCUCUGUUUCCUUCUUCUGGUAAUCGUUGCAGUGUUGGCAGUAAAAAUUUUUCAGUAUAGUCAACACAAACAAGAAAUCAAUGAAACUCUUAACCACCACCAUAAUUGCAGCAACAUGCAAAGUGAUUUCAACUUAAAGGAAAAAAUGUUGAGAAAUAAGUCUAUAGACUGUUGGCCAAGCAAUGAACUUCGGGAAUACAUCAAAAGAGAACAGGACAGAUGGGACAGUGAAACCAAGACUGUUUUAGAUUCCUCACGGGACACAGGCAGAGGUGUUAAAUACUGGUUCUGCUAUGGUACCAAAUGUUAUUUUUUCAUCAUGAACAAAACUACAUGGAGUGGAUGUAAACAGAACUGCCAGCAUUACAGCUUUCCCCUUGUGAAGAUAGAAGAUGAAGAUGAACUGGUACUGUAG